AUGCAAGCCCCCACACAAACCCCACCAGAUAUCAUGUGUGCAUUCCGCGCAGGUCAAGUAAUGGGAGGCAUCGUCGCUGGUCUCCUCGGCCUGGUCUUGGUGGUUGGAUUGGCUCUUUCCCUAAACAGGAAAUUUGGACGAAAGAAGGCUGCCAAUGACCCCGAGACAGGUGAGGAUGGGGGUGAAUCCGCACGUAUCUCACUUAGCACCUGUACCUACAUCGUGGAUGAUAGGGAGGACGCAGAUACACUCUAUAGUCCGACCGAGACUUCGCCGGCAUUGCGCCCCUUGCGCGAAAAGCUUAGUAAAGCGGAGCUUGAGCUUACCGAGAAAGAGGCGGAACUUGCUGUGGAGCGAAGUAAUCUUCCACCACCUUUCCCCACCUAUAAAGAAAUGUCGGUGUAG